AUGGGCGGGAGUGAAUCUGCAAUGGGUCAUAGCAAAUCUGAAAUAGGCUGGAGUGAAUCUGAAACAGGCUGGAGUGAAUCUGAAAUAGGCUGGAGUGAAUCUGAAAUGGGCAGGAGUGAAUCUGAAAUAGGCUGGAGUGAAUCUGAAAUAGGCAGGGGUAAAUCUGAAACAGGCUGGAAUGAAUCUGAAAUGGGUAAUAGCAAAUCUGAAAUGGGCUGGAGUGAAUCUGAAAUGGGUCAUAGCAAACCUGAAAUGGGCUGGAGUGAAUCUGAAAUUGGCUGGAGUGAAUUUGAAAUGGGCUGGAGUGAAUCUGUAAUGGGCUGGAGUGAAUCUGAAAUGGAUCAUAGCAAAUCUGUUAUGGGCUGGAGUGAAUCUGAAAUGGGUCAUAGCAAAUCUGAAAUAGGCUGGAGUGAAUCUGAAAUGGGUCAUAGCAAACCUGAAAUGGGCUGGAGUGAAUUUAAAAUUGGCUGGAGUGAAUUUGAAAUGGGCUGGAGUGAAUCUGUAAUGGGCUGGAGUGAAUCUGAAAUGGAUCAUAGCAAAUCUGUUAUGGGCUGGAGUGAAUCUGAAAUGGGUCAUAGCGAAUCUGAAAUAGGCUGGAGUGAAUCUGAGAUGUGUAAUAGCAAAUCUGAAAUGGGCUGA